ACGGCUUGUUUUGAAUCUUUUUGAAGAGAUUCUCUUGUACUCUUAACCAUUUCUCUUUCUCUCUUUCUAUCGGUUAUCUGUCCACACUACACCAUGAAAAGAAAACUCUUACCUAUUCAAUGCUUCGUGAACAAGCAGCUUCAAUCUUACAUCACAAAAUUGAGCUUCAACAACUUAAGGCUUUACCCAUCUCCAGUCAAAAUUGUUGAGGUUGGACCUCGAGAUGGAUUACAGAAUGAGAAAAAAGUGAUCGAAACGUCUACAAAAGUGGAUUUAAUCAACAGGUUGAACAAUUGUGGUUUGAAGGUGAUUGAAGUUACUUCAUUCGUCUCACCAAAAUGGGUACCUCAGAUGGCUGAUAAUAAACAAGUGUACAGUCAAAUUGAAAAGAAACAUGAUGUGAGUUAUCCUGUUUUGGUGCCAAAUCUGAAUGGAUUGGAAAAUGCGAUCAAAUCUGGUGUCAAAGAGAUUGCUGUUUUCUCUGCCGCUACAGAAGCUUUCUCAAAUAACAAUACUAAUUGCUCUAUCGAAGAGGGUUUUAUUCGAGUUGAAGAAAUAAUGAAAGUGGCAUUGAAAGCAGGCCUUAAUGUCAGAGGAUAUUUGUCUUGUGUCAUUGGCUGUCCAUAUGAAGGUCAAGUUGAUCCCGACAAGGUUACUCAAUAUGCACAACGAUUGCAUGAAAUGGGAUGUUAUGAAGUUUGUCUUGGAGAUACAAUCGGUGUUGGAAAUCCCGGGACAAUGGAAAGGUUAUUAGAAAAAGUAACUCGUCGCAUUCCGUUGGAUUGUUUAGCUCUUCAUUGCCAUGAUACUUUUGGAAUGGCUUUGGCCAAUAUCUAUACAGCUCUCCAAUUUGGUAUUUCAACAUUUGACUCGUCAAUCGCCGGUCUCGGUGGAUGUCCAUACGCUCCAGGUGCCACUGGAAAUGUAGCCACGGAAGAUUUAGUGUACAUGCUUCAUGGUAUGGGCAUUGAAACUGGAGUCAAUUUUGAUAAUCUUGUUGAAACAAGUUCAUUCAUCUGCUCUAUCCUCGGUCGUGAAUCUGCAUCCAGAGUAGUGAGAGCUUUACGUGCCAAAAAUUCCAAAUGCUUAGUUUAGACCAAAACGAGCCCGAAUUAACUCCUAAAGAAGUUCGAGAAUUUUUAAAAGGAAAAUUAACUUAUUUCAAAAUACCUAAACAUGUGAAGAAACAGACAAUUCAAAAAACAUUGGACACUCGAAAGCAUAAUUAUAAUUGUCUUGAUUGGCCAUAUUUUAAAUAAUAUUUUGUUUUCCAUUUUCGCUUUAUUAAAAAUUAUUUUCUUUCUGGUCUCCCAGUUAGAUUGUAAAAGUUAUUGUAUUUAAA